GCCCUCGGGGCGUGCCCCGGCAGCGGGAGAAGCCGUGCGGGAAAGCGGAGGUGCUCGCAAGCCCGGCUGGUGCCAGGAGCUGGCUUUUGGUUUGCAGUGGGUAUGUCUUAAAGGAGCGCUGGUGUUUGUUUCCGUAGGAGAAGCGGGGAGGCAUCCCGAAAUCCUGGAAGUGCACUGAAAGGGUCUUCCUCCUCAUUUCUGCCCUGCCUUGACCCAUCUGUGGACUGGGGGAAUUUUUCUACAUCUAUCUGGAAAGACAGUGAGAAAGCUUAAAAGAAUAAUCUUAUUUUUCAUGACCAUUCAGCUGAGAAGAUAUUGGAUUGAAAGAAAACGGGGCAGUACUUGAAGGCUUGACAAAUGCAUCCCAAGUUGAAAAACUUCUGCAUUCCUUCUCCUCUUCCUCCUUUAGAAAAUUGACUUCAUUAAAGAGGUAAGAGAGAAGCAAAAGAAGUAAGAAAAUGCUGGGAACAGAACGAGGUGUCGUGGAAGAAUGGCUGUCAGAAUUCAAGGCAUUACCUGAAUCACAAAUUUCCAGCUAUGCAGCUACAUUGCACCGAAAAAAACCACUGGUACCAGCUCUUUAUAAGGUCAUUCAAGACCCAAAUAAUGAGCUCCUGGAGCCUGUUUGCCACCAGCUCUUUGAACUUUAUCGUAGCUCUGAAGUUCGGCUCAAGAGAUUCACACUGCAGUUUUUGCCAGAGCUGAUCUGGGUAUAUCUGCGUCUCACUGCCAGCAGGGACAGGCAGAGUAAUGGUUGCAUUGAAGCAUUGCUGCUUGGCAUUUACAACUUGGAAAUUGCUGACAAAGAUGGAAACAACAAAGUUUUGUCUUUCACCAUCCCUUCGUUAUCUAAACCCUCAAUAUAUCAUGAGCCCUCUACUAUUGGAUCCAUGGCUUUAACUGAAGGAGCACUAAGUCAGCAUGAUCUAAUCAGAGUAGUUUACAGUGAUCUUCAUCCUCAAAGAGAAACCUUCACAGCGCAGAACCGGUUUGAGGUGCUGAGCUUUCUUAUGCUAUGCUACAAUUCUGCUAUUGUCUAUAUGCCUGCUUCUUCUUACCAAUCACUUUGUACGAUGGGUUCCAGGCUGUGUGUGAGUGGAUUUCCACGGCAGCAUGAGAAACGCUGGAAAGAACCCUGUGGUAGAGUGGUGUUAGACCCUGACUUCAUGGUACAGCUGCUCACAGGUGUCUAUUAUGCCAUAUAUAAUGGUCAGUGGGAACUUGGCCAAGAGGUAUUGGAGGACAUAAUUUACAGAGCACAGCUUGAACUCUACUCACAGCCUCUGCUGGUUGCAAACGCCAUGAAGAACUCGCUGCCCUUUGACGCUCCUGAUGCAUCACAAGAAGGCCAGAAGGUACUGAAAGUAGAAGUUACUCCAACAGUGCCGAGGAUUUCUCGGAGUGCGAUUACAACGGCUUCUAUCCGUCGUCAUCGCUGGAGGAGAGAAGAUGGCUUUGACUUCUCAAACGAGGCUGACUCAAGCAUUCCUGGCUCACCGAUCCAACACGGCUCCACAGACCUAGGGAUCAAACGUGAGCAAGAGGGGGAGGUGCUGAUGCGCAGGACCCCUGAGCAUGGCUUCCCGGAGCCCACCUUGGCAGCAGCCACCACAGAGGAUGCUGAAGGUGUAAAUGGAAGAGAGGAGUCUGUGAACCUUAAUGAUGCUGAUGAAGGAUUUUCAUCAGGAGCUUCCCUCAGCAGCCAGCCCGCUGGGACCAAACCUGUAUCCUCUGUAUCGCAGAAGGGCAGCUUAAGGAAAACAGCAAGUGGGCGUUCUUCUAAGGAUAAAGAAACCUCUUCUGCAGCAAAAUCCAAUGAGAGCCCCCGAGAUUCAGUAGCUCGAAAGCAGUACACGCACCAAUCCACUGACCUGGCUGGAGACACAAUCGAGAUGACACCUACUAAGAAACACCUCAGCCUGCCUGCUGGGCAGGUGGUGCCAAAAGCCAACAGCUUGAGCCUGAUCAGGACCGCCAGUGCUUCCUCCAGUAAAUCAUUUGACUAUGUGAAUGGCAGUCAGGCAGGCUCCAGUGUUGGAGCUGGUACAGAGGGUUUUUCCAGUCUGGCAGCUGGCAACACCAAUCGGUUUUCAACUAUCAGCCUACAGGAGGACCGACUAGGCCAAGCUGGGGAAGGUAAAGAUCUCCUUUCCCCAGGAGCUCCCCUAACCAAGCAGUCUCGAUCUCCAAGUUUCAAUAUGCAGCUGAUAUCCCAGGUGUAACUUUGACUCCCUUCCUUAGUACUCCUUCUUUCCCAUUAAUCCCCUGCAAGUUCAUCCUUAGGCAAAACAUGAACCAUCAUCCCACAGUGUUAAAAUACUGACUGUCGUGAUCUUGUUUGAUUUGGUUUAGCUAUCAUACUGUAUUACUGAAACAGCAAUAAUUCUUCCCUCACCUUCAUCCUCCUUCCCCCUUGUAAACAUGGUUGUGAAGCAGUAUAUAAUGUACUGUAUGCCUUUUUCCAUGCCUUCCUUUCUCCUUGGGUGAUGUGCAAUCCAUCGUAGGCUGAUCAGUCCCAUUUCAACACUGUGAGACUGGAGACACCGGCGGAAAUGGUGAAUGUGAUCCCUAUGAGAUGAUGCUUUGGCUUUGUUAAGAAAUAGAAACGGGUUUGUUUUCUCGGUCUACAGUACUGCAAAGACUACUGGAUCAUGACUUUUCUUUCUCAGAACCAGGAGUGCCUCAGAGAUUCUAGUGUGACUUUGGACCUCUCUGAGUCUGUGCAAUCAAUUCUGGGGAGGGGAUUGUCAUUGCUGCUCCUGGCUGCCUACAGCACUUUUUUCAUUAAAAUUAGGGUAGUUUUUUCCUGACUGCCCCCAGUCUGUCAUCCCAGAAGCUUUUGAUGUUCAUCAACUGAGACAUGCGUAUUAACAAGCUGUUUUCCCUCGGAGAGAGGAUUCUAAGCUGAUAAUGUAGGUUACAAUGCACUUCUAAUGGCGUUGUAGCCAUUUGUAAUGUUACAUGUCUUCCCCUCCAGGACACAGGGUCAUUCUGCAUUUAGACUAAAAUUUACACAACACCAUGCUGUUAAAGCAAUUUGGUUUGGAAGUGGGAGGGAAACACUACUUUCCCACAAAAUAAUGGCUAUCUCUGCUCCAUUUUUGUUGUUUUUGUUGUGAGGUGCUGAUCACUGAAUUGAAAGGUGUAUUCGGGUAAAGAGUAUUUCUCAGGCUGCUUUCUUUGGUAUCAUGGCUGUUGGGACACCCCCACCUCUUUCAGCUGCUUUCUCAAUGUCCCUGAAUUCAAUCAUGGUGUCAUUUGAGGAAUCCUGCAGUCCAGACAGACCAUACUCUCAAGGUGCUGUCUCAGGGAUAGAGACAAUAGUUUGCUAGAAACACUGAAGCUUCAAUGUGAAAUGCUUUUCUAGCAAUGCUGUUUGUGCAAAGGGGUACUGACAGUCCUUUUCUCCCCAGAAGGAUCACACUUCAUUGCCUUGGUAUAUAUAAUCUGUUGAGGUUUUUUAACUCUUAUUUUAGUGGAUUGGCCCUACUCUAGAAAAUUCAGAACUCGUGCCAUUGAGCCAAGCCUUGAAUGUAUAUGACUGGUGUAUGGGCACUGGCUGGUACUGAUGUUAGAGAACACUGCUUAGAAGCACAUUUCUGGUUACAUGGGAGAAUAUUUGUCAUUCUCUCUCCAUCUCUCUGUAUCUCUCUUUGGAUUGAUAGAGAGAAAAGGGGAAAGCUCAUUCUCUAUGCUUGAGUCAUGUAUCAUAUCCUGGAAGUUUACAAACUGUAAACCUGCAGGAAAGUUUAUGUUUUUUAUGUGGGCACUUUGGUUUCACUGUCACUGUGAAGGAUAAACAUAAGCAGUUAAAAACAGCAGGCUGUCUUUGAAUGUCUUUUGGGGUUUGGGGGUUUUUUGGAGUUGUUGUUUGUUUGUUUGUUUGUUUUGGGUUUU